ACUCGACUUGUGGAAACGACAUGGGCGGCCACGGACCUGCGACUCGCUACGCUGCACGUGGAGUGUCUAACCUUCUGCGGAUGAAGCUUGCGCCCAUGGGUCAGCGGGUCUUCCCCUACGGCAUGCGGCAUGCCAUGGACCGGCUCUUCCGGCGCGGCGCCUACGUCAUGAAGGAGGUGGCCAUCCCUGGUGCUGCCCUUGUGGCCAUCUACCAGGGCGGUCUGUACCUCAACGACGCCGACCACCGUUCCCACUACUUCUAGUUCCCUCUACUAAACCACCAUACAUCCCCC